CUGUGAAUCCUUAUUCUCUCCUUCUCACUUGGUUGUGCAUUGUUGUCAGCAGAAGCACCCGUGACCUCUAUUUUCAUUCCCUUACAAUAAAAAACAAACUCACUUUCCACGUAAAACAACAUACUUCUACUUAUCAUUAUAUAUAAACUCACAUUUUCCCACUCUUUAAACUCAUCAAUUUCAACAUUCCCUCCAUAUUCUUCACCCUAUAAUAUGUCUAACAAUAAAUUAUUCCUUUCAAUUCUAUUAUUUCUUUUCAUACAUUGUUCCAUCAACCCAAAAAUAAGCCAUGGUAGAGUAGUUAGUAAACAUAAACAUGGUAAACAAAGUAUUCCUAAACAACUAACCAUUAAUAUGACCCAAAAAUAUAACUCAGAACAGCAAUUUAUGAAAUGGGUUAAUUUUGUUGGUAGUCUUAAACAUACCAUCUUUAAAUCCGCUAAAAAUAAGAUUUUUCCUUCAUACACUUUAAUUGUUAGUAAAAACCCUAUUGCUGGAGAUUUUACUACUAUCCAAGAUGCCAUUGAUUCUCUCCCUCCCAUUAAUCUUGUUCGAGUUGUCAUCAAAGUUAAAGCUGGAAUUUAUGAGGAGAAGGUGAAUAUACCACCAUUGAAGUCAUUCAUAACAAUAGAAGGGGAAGGAGCAGAGAACACAAUAGUGCAAUGGGGAGAUACAGCAAAAACAAUUGGGCCUAGAGGAAUACCAAUCGGUACUUACGGUUCUGCCACGUUUGCUGUCAAUUCUCCUUAUUUCAUGGCCAAGAACAUCACGUUCAAGAAUACAACACCAGUACCAAAACCAGGAGAACAAGGAGUUCAAGCAGUGGCAUUCAGAAUAUCAGCAGAUACGGCAGCGUUUAUAGGGUGUAGUUUCUUGGGAGCACAAGACACCCUUUAUGAUCAUGUUGGCAGGCAUUAUUACAAAGAUUGCUAUAUUGAGGGUUCUGUUGAUUUCAUCUUUGGUGAUGGUCUCUCUCUUUUCGAGGGAUGUCAUGUGCAUGCAAUAGCACCAAAAUACGGGGCACUAACAGCACAAGGAAGGCAUAGCAUGUUGGAUGAUACAGGGUUUUCGUUUGUAAAUUGUAAGGUCACGGGCUCAGGAGCUUUAUACCUUGGUAGAGCUUGGGGACCCUUCUCUAGGGUUGUCUUUGCUUAUACCUACAUGGAUAACAUCAUCCUCCCUACUGGCUGGUACAAUUGGGGUGAUCCUAACCGUGAAAUGACGGUAUUCUAUGGACAAUACAAGUGCACAGGGCCAGGGGCAAGUUUUUCCGGGAGAGUGUCAUGGUCAAGAGAACUUACUGAUGAAGAAGCUCAACCUUUUAUUUCUCUUAGCUUCAUUGAUGGUUCUGAAUGGGUUACCUUGUAAAUUUUCUUUCUAUAAUAUCCAUCAUUAAUCAAAUAUAUAAAAUAUCCCUUUGUCCCUUUGAGUUUGUAAUGAGAAUGAUAUUUCUCCUCACAACAUUUCACUUUUAGUAGAAAUCUCAAAGGAACAGUGGAGUAUUUGAUAAUUAACAUGAGUUCUUCAAAUUGCUUUUUUAUGUUAACCUUACAAUUUUAUUUAUAACAUACUUGUUUAGAAACUUCCAACUUUGUAAAUCCUAAGAUAUAUC